AACUUCAGUUGUACCUACAGGAAACGGAAUUAUCUUUAUCGGUAUAACCAGAGAUGUCCAUGCGCGCGUAAAUAUGAUAGUAUGGAUAGUACAGUACUCUAUGUUUUGGUAGCUUAUCUAUGGAAUAAUCUGUGAAUAUGGCAGUUUAGUGUAUAUUGGUUGGCGGUUUCGUUAGUGAUUUGUUGAGUUGUGAAUUAAUGUAAUUAAGCGUUGAAAACGUCUGGAAAGGAGUUGAAUAGUAGUCAUGGCUGUGCAGCCCAAUCAGCAAUUAACUCUGGAUGCUCCACAGCAGAAAAGUUUUGUGAAUUUCCUCAAAUCUUUACCAGAGAAACCAGCCACCACUGUGCGGUUCUUCAAUCGUGGUGACUAUUAUACUCUGCAUGGGACAGAUGCUAUUUUGGCAGCAAAGGAGGUGUUCCACUCGGCAGGUGUGGUGAAGUUUAUCGGCACCGACAGUAACCGCAUUGAGUCACUAGCACUGAGCAAGUCAAACUUUGAAUCUUUUGUGAGGGAUCUGUUGCUGGUGAAGCAGUACCGAGUGGAGGUGUAUGUAAGUGACACACCAGGAUGCAAGAGCGGCAACAACUGGACUCUCGAGUACAAGGGCUCACCAGGCAACCUGGUGCAAUUUGAGGAUCUCCUGUUCAGCAAUGUGGACCUGGUUGUGGGGACUGCAGUCAUUGCUGUGUGCCUUACGGGUGACCCAAAAGCACGGGUAGUGGGUAUAGGCUUUGCAGACGCCGUUGAGCGACGACUGUCGGUGUGUGAGUUCCCAGAUGACCAGCACUUCUCAAACCUGGAGGCCCUAGUUGUGCAGCUCACCCCCAAAGAAGUACUACUCCCCAAAGCACCAGAAUCUGCACUGGACAUGGCAACAGUCAAGAGGGUGAUGGAGCGUGGCAAUGUGCUGGUAACACAGCGCAAGAGGACAGAGUUCCAUGCCGAUGGGCUUGCCCAGGAUCUGAACCGGCUCCUGCGCUUCAGGGAGGGGCAACAACAGAAUUCACUGGCUCUGCCAGAAAUGGGCCUUGCUGCUGCCAUCAGCAGCCUCGCUGCACUUGUCAAAUACCUCGAGCUGGGAGCCGACCAGGGAAAUUUUGGGCAGUUCACUCUGACCACACUGGACCUUACACAGUACGUUCGCAUGGAUGCUGCGGCCAUUCGGGCACUGAGUCUGCUUCCACCUCCUAGUUCCAGUACUGCAAACCGCCACCAGAGCGUGCUAGGACUUUUAGAUCGCUGCCGCACCCCACAGGGACACAGGCUACUGGCACAGUGGGUGAAGCAACCUCUCAGGGACCGUUGCACCAUUGCAGAGCGUCAUGACGUGGUGCAGUUAAUCCUGCAGCAUACAGAGAUGCGUCAGGCCCUACGAGAGGAACACCUGCGCCGCAUCCCUGACCUGCAGGCUCUCGCCAAGAAGCUGGGUCGAAAGAAGGCUGGCUUGCAGGAUUGCUUCAGAAUUUACCAGGCAGUGGGGCACCUGCCACGCCUGCUGCAGUCUCUGGGUGGGCAUGACGACUGUCCAGCACUGCAGUGCAUGUUCAUUGAGCCGCUGAUGGACUUACUGGGUGACAUGCAGCGCUUCCAGGACAUGGUGGAGUCCACGCUUGACAUGAAUCAGGUGGAUCGUGGGGAGUUCCUAGUCAAACCAAGCUUUGAUGAUGACCUGCAAGAGCUGCGUGAGGCAAUGGACAGCCUGGAGGAGCGCAUCAAGAAGCAGCUGACAUGUGCAGCGAGCGAUCUCUGCUUGGAGCCCAACAAGACCAUUAAACUGGAGUCAAAUGCUCAAAUGGGCUACUUCUUUCGGGUCACCCUAAAGGAGGAGAGGGCCCUGCGGAACAAUAAGAACUACGAGACCCUGGACACAAACAAGAGUGGCGUUCGGUUCCGCAGCCCACCAUUGUCUCACCUUAACUCAGAGUACGUACAGACACGAGAUCAGUAUGCCGAGAAGCAGAGGGCAAUCGUGAACGAGAUCGUCAACAUAGCAGCUGGGUAUUCUAGAACCCUUCAGCAAAUGAGUGAUGUUCUAGCACGCCUUGACGUGUUAACAAGCUUUGCAGAGGUGGCGGCCGCUGCCCCAAUGCCGUACGUCCGCCCAACACUGCAUGAUGAGGGUGUGGGCAUGAUGAUCUUGAAACAGAUGCGCCACCCUUGCCUAGAGGUACAAGAUGGCGUCUCCUUCAUUGCAAACGAUGUUUACUUCAAGCAAGGGGAGUGUACAUUCCUUAUAAUCACUGGUCCUAAUAUGGGUGGGAAGAGCACGUACAUCCGUUCAGUGGGUGUGAUGGCACUCCUUGCUCAGAUCGGCAGCUUCGUACCUUGUGACCAGGCAGAGAUGUCGCUGGUGGAUGCAAUACUUGCACGUGUGGGGGCAGAUGACUGCCAAAUAAAGGGCAUGUCCACCUUCAUGACUGAGAUGGUGGAGACAGCAGCAAUCAUCAGGACGGCUACCAGCAACUCACUUGUGAUCAUUGAUGAACUGGGACGGGGCACCUCAACUUAUGAGGGCUGUGGCAUUGCCUGGGCUAUUGCAGAGCACCUUGCUAAAGAGGUGAAGGCCUUCUGUCUGUUUGCCACUCAUUUCCAUGAGCUCACACGACUGGCUGAGGCGGUAGCGACAGUGUGCAACCGGCAUGUGACUGCUGUGACGUCUCAGGACUCACUCACGCUGCUGUAUGAGGUGAAACCGGGUGUGUGUGACCAGAGCUUUGGGAUCCAUGUUGCUGAGAUGGCACGGUUCCCCAAGCAUGUAAUAGAGUAUGCAAAGAGGAAACAGGAUGAGCUUGAGGACUACCAGGGCCUGAACUUCAGCUGCAGUGACUCAGAGGACAAACACAAGAUUAUUGAGGAAGGUGAAAAGUUGAUGGUUGAGUUCCUGCAGAGGUGCAAGGAGUUGAAGACCGAGGGCAGCAGUGAGGCAGAACUGCAAGAGAAAGUUUUACAGUUGAAAGAGGAAAUACAGACUUGCAACAAUGCAUACAUAACUGCUCUGCUAGCACAGACAUAGCCUCCUGAUGCUUCUCCUUUAAAUUGGGAAUGAUAAUUAAAAUUGAAAGGAAUCGACAGCAAAACGAAAGGUGCCUAUCUUCCCAACAAGUGACUACUUAAUGUGUGUGUGCAUGACCUUCGAAUUUUAUAGGGCAGUCAAUAAAACCAAAACAACUUUGAGCAGUGAACAAGAGACUCGUGCCCACAUCAUCCUUAUCCUUCCAGUUCUUUCCCCCCCCACAAACAAACAAACACAGGUUUCCAAGAGCUGUAGGAAGGAUCAGUGCGGGUGAUACCUCAGUAAGUCGUCUGCCUUGCCCUGGCAAUUGCUUGGGAGAGGGAGUUCUUUAGGGCUGUUGAGAGAUGAGAUAAUCAGAUGUGAGUGUUUGUAAAUGAGUCCCAAUGAAAUGGAAACCCCAUGCAGUGGAAAGCAGUAGCCAUAGUUCAUGAAGCACAUUUCAAUUUCUUGGUACUUGUUAAUUUGUUAGAGGAACAUGAAUACCAGUAUAGUAUGGGAAAAAUGGUGUAGGAAAAAAUAUAAGGAAAAUUAAAUACAUGUAAGAGCCACGUAGCUCAGUCAGUGUAGCGACUGGCUAUGGGCUGGAUGAUCAGGGUUCGAUCCCAGACAGAGGCAGAUGAUUUUGCAUCCACACUAGCUCUGGGACCCAACCAUCCUUCCAUCCAAUGGGUACCAGGGUCCUUUCCCAGGAGUAAAGAGUGUUGCUGAACACUCGCCCCCUUCUAGUGCUGAGGUUGAAAAUGAGUACGAGCUGUAAACCCUUUCCCCUAAGUGCUAACAUUGGCAUGUAACGAGAUUCCAUUUUGAAUACAUGUAAAGCACAACAGAGAUUUAUUAAAGCCCAUAACAAAUCA